AAUUUUUAGUUGUUCAGCGUGCAUGCCAUGCCUGCCUACGGGGAGUGCUUUUGUUUUCAUUGUUAAUCUGUGAUAACUUAUUUUUUUCUGAGCCAUAUUGCAGAAUAUAUUGCGAUAAAAUAUUAGUUGAAAGUUGAUGUAUCCUUAUUUUUGAUUGAUUAUUUGCCGGACCAUCGACCUAUACAAAACGCCCCAGCGCAGUUCUGAUUUCUACAAUAAUGAGUGUUUUAUCAAAAUAUGUUGACCGUAUUGCAGAAAAAUGUGAUAAUAAUGGUAUCACGAAACACGCAUUUAGCUAUGCCCUCGUGACCAGCGCAAUACUAGCACUUACCAUUAAGAUUACUAUCCCUUACGUAAAAAGCGCUCACACAUCUAUCGGAGGGACUCAAAAAGCAAAAACCAAAGUCAACAAUGGGGAGCUUACUCCAUCAGGAACAGACUGCUCAGAAGAAGAUUUAAAGCUUGCGGAGGCAGAAAAAUUGUUGGUUGCUCAGCAGCUAAAAAAAAAAAAUAACAAUAAUUUUAUUGAGCCUGGACUAAACCAUGCGUUUUUGAAGCAACUGAAAAUGCUAGCUAAAAUAAUGAUCCCACAAACCUUGUGCUAUGAAACGGGAUUGCUAAGCAUACACACGUUUUGUCUAAUUUCUCGAACAUUUCUUAGUAUUUAUGUCGCUGCAUUGGAGGGUGCCCUUGUUAAAUUUAUAGUACGAAAAGACAUUAAACAGUUUGCUCUUGUGUUGCUUAAAUGGUUCGGAAUCGCCAUCCCUGCUACAUUUGUAAAUUCUAUGAUACGAUUUCUUGAGAGUAAACUUGCUCUAGCUUUUCGAACUCGACUGGUGCGCCACUCAUAUCGGUUGUAUUUUAAGAACCAAAAUUACUAUAGAGUAUCAAAUUUGGACGGACGAAUUGAAAACGCGGAUCAUCGACUUACCGAAGAUAUUUCCGUGUUCGCUAGUUCGGUAGCACAUUUGUAUAGUAGCUUGACUAAACCAUGCUUUGAUCUGAUGCUAAUUGGCUUGGCACUGAUGAGAUCCUCUAGAAAAAUGAAAGCUAAUAUCAUAACGGGACCGGCUUUGUCAGUCGGUGUUAUUGCCCUAACAGCCCACAUAUUAAGAAUUGUAUCCCCGAAGUUUGGACAGUUGGUGUCAGAAGAGGCGAACAGGUACGGUUACCUUAGACACAUUCACUCCCGCAUAAUAACAAAUGCAGAAGAAAUCGCAUUUUACGGUGGCCAUAAGGUUGAGAUGCAGCAGCUACGGCAAGCAUAUAAUCGCCUUGUAAAUCAAAUGACCAGUAUUUUUAACCAAAAACUUUGGUUUAUAAUGCUUGAACAAUUUUUUAUGAAGUAUGUUUGGUCCGGAACCGGAAUGAUCAUGGUAUCCCUUCCUAUUCUGACUGGCAGUGAUGUAGGAUCUGCAACAACUCGAGACACAAACAUAACAGAGUCGAGAGUUAGCGAACGAACUCAAUAUUUAACAACAGCUAGAAAUUUACUUAUUUCUGCAGCAGACGCGAUUGAGCGAUUAAUGUCUUCUUAUAAGGAAAUCGUGUCGCUCGCUGGGUAUACUUAUCGCGUGGCUGGCAUGAUGGAUGUUUUUGAGGAAACCGCUCAGGGAGUCUAUUGCAAGACGAGUGUAAUGGAAAGCGAUCAGUCAAAUGGUGUUAUUGAGUUUCGUAAUGGAAAACCAAUAGCAAAAGGCCGCAUAAUUUAUUCAGAUGAGCCGGGAAAUAUGUCAAUAAACCUACGUGCAGUUCCAGUAGUGACACCCAACUGUGAUAUAGUUGUACCGAAACUUACAUUAUGCAUCGAACCUGGUGUACAUUUGUUAAUAACUGGUCCGAAUGGAUGCGGAAAAUCCAGCUUGUUUAGAAUACUAAGUGGACUUUGGCCCAUAUACGCUGGAGAGUUGCAAAUUCCACGGCCUGUAAAAGAUGUUCCAUGUAUGUUUUACAUUCCACAACGUCCAUAUAUGUCAAUCGGAAGCCUUUGCGAUCAAAUAAUAUACCCCGAUACGCGUGAAGAUAUGAAACGCAAAGAAAUAACUGAAAACGAGCUAAGAUGCAUUUUAAAACUGGUCAGCCUCGAACACAUCGCCCAACGUGAUAGUUUCGACGUUGUUCGCGAUUGGAAGGAUAUAUUAUCUGGAGGUGAAAAACAACGUAUGGCCAUAGCUCGCUUGUUUUACCAUAAACCACGUUAUGCGCUUCUAGAUGAAUGCACGAGUGCAGUAUCGAUUGAUGUUGAAAGUUCGAUUUAUGAAAUUGCUAAAGGGAUGGGAAUUACCCUGUUGACAAUAACACACAGGCCUACUUUGUGGAAAUAUCACACACAUAUUUUGGAGUUCGACGGCUUGGGAAGUUGGCAGUUUAGAAAAAUGAAUGCAGAUGAACAACAAAAAGAACAAUUUCUAUCUUAAUUUUUUUAGCUAUGAAGAUUUAAAAAAAUUUUAUAUAUUAUAUAUUAAGCAAAAAAAUAAACUAGCUUCGGCAAACCGAAGUUUGUAUACCCUUGCAGAUAAAAUGUAUUUACCAACAUCGUUCAUACGACAGUUAUAAGUUGUAUAUGUCCGAUUCCGCGAAUUUCAUCGAUUUUUAUGGGUCAUGCUUAUUACAAAGCAACUUAAAUAAUGUUAUACACAAAGGUGGUUUGUAUCAAAAGCAAUGGAAAAGAUGUGAAGUGCACUCUUCUUUUUUUAAAGCCCGUUCACUACAUUAAAUUCGAAUGCUAAGAAACGCUUAAAUGUUUACCUAAAUAAUAUAUAAAAAUUGAAGGGAUGACAUCCGAGCUUUGUAGGACACUCGAACUAAACUAAAUGUUGUGAUAUGUCAAACUCGUUUAAAACAAAAACUGAGUAUGCAAUUAUGCUUUGCAUAGUAUAUAUGUGUUUUCAGUAUUUUGUACAAAUCUACACUUUUACACAAUUUACCUUGUGUUUCAUUUUUGUAAUUGAAAAAAACAUCGCUCAAAAAUAAUAAAUUUUGUAUAAGCAAUAUUAUGAUCAAAAGUAUUGCGAAUUAUAAAAAUAUUUGCAAGGGUAUACACACAACGAAAUUUCCUUUUUCCAAUUUACAUAUAAAAAAAUUAACGUUUAUAAUAAUGUACUUGUAAAAUAAUUGUUGUUUUGUGGUCACACCUUUGAAAUAGGUUUUGUAGAAAUAAUAAAAAUAUCUGUGUGUAUUGAUGAUUUUUCCUAUA